AUGCCGGAUAAUUUCGCCGCAAGCCGCGUUCUCCCGCCUCUCUUCCCCCUGCGCAUCGCUCCAAUGCCGCGCUCAUAUCUCAUUUUCGCGAUUGCCAAUGCAUCGGUUGACACCCGAGUAAGGUGCUUCCUGCUGGCAUUCCGUUCACGUGACGUCGCUCCGCUCCCCUCAAUCCCGGACACCACUCUCCGUGCGCUGGAUUCUGGCCUCCCUCCACACAUUUCUCACUCCGACCAGCUGCGAGUCAAUGCAUCGCUCUCACACAUGCGACCAUGCCCUUGUUACCCCCGCCUUGCCACAUGCGCACACGCAGGCAGCAGAGACGGUGCUGACGUCAGCAGCGAGGCGGGGAUUGUGAUGGAGCUGCCUUGCUUGCCCUUCAACCCCGCCGAGGUGUUCCUGCCCGGGUCGUCCAAGACACUGCAUCUGUACGAGGCGCGCUACCUCGCGCUGCUGGAGGAGGUGCUGACACGCAGCAACGGCCUGUUGGGGCACGUGGUGUUGGAGCCCAUGCGGUCAGAGGACGGCCAGGGCAUGACCUUCGUCGCCUCCUACGGCUGCCUCUCCUACGUUGAAAGCGUGCGCAAGCUGCAGGUGGGGGCGCUGGUGGCGGUGAGGGGAGUGGGGCGCAUUCGCCUGCAGCAGCUCACGCAAGUGGAGCCCUUCCUGCGCGGCCAGGUCGUUAUUGUCACUGACGACCAGCUAGAGGGAGCAGGGGCAGGUGGCACACGUGAGGAGGUGAAGAAGGCCGUGGAGGAGUUGAGAGCGGUGCUUAGGGACGUGCAGGAGCUGCAGAUAAAGAUCAAGACCACCACAGACGUGCCCCUACAGACGCCGCUGGAGAGGGCUCUUCGCUGGGUGGACACCGUCACUGCCGCCUCUGCUGCUGCCGCUAGUGCUACUGCGCCACCAGCAGCACCGACAGCACCCGGCGCCCCUGCCACCGCCGCCACCGCGGCAGCCCAACAGCCCACUGCCGCGUCGACUCAGACAGUUGCUGAUGCUCUGCGCACAGGCGCAGGCACAAUGGUAGGUGCAGAUGCAGGCGAUGCAAAGGGCAGCAGCAGUGGCAGCGGAAGCACAGCGGCAUCGCCAUCAGCAUCGCCAUCAGCAUGGUCCAUUCUGCCGGAUGACAAUGGCGUGGAGCCGGAUCAGUUGCCGCCCGAACAGCUGGAGUCUGCUGCCCGGUUUCUGGGCUUCCAGGGGCUGCCGACGCCGGCCAUCCAGAGCACGGUGGCCGUUGAUCCCGCCUCUGUGCCCCUGGACCCUGACUUUGGCAAGGCUGCUCGCAGCAGCAGCAGCAGAAGCAACAGCAGCAGCAGCAGCAGCAGCAGUGACAGUAGCAGCAGCAGUGAGGGUGGGGGCGAGAGUGAGAAGGCAGGUGGCGGUGGGGAGGGCAGGGAGAGCAGGGGGACGUUGGAGGGUGCUGGUUCGGUGAAAGCUCCCGAGGUGCCUCCGUACCGGGCGUACCUGCCAUCGUAUGAGGAGCUCGUCACCUUUGCUGCUCUGCAACCAGUCGCAGGAGCGUCAGCAGCGGAGCUGCAUGGGCUGCUGCAGAAGCGACUGGCAGCCAUGGAAGAGACAGACACCAUCAAGCGGGCGGCACUGGCUCGGCAGUAUGCGGAACAGAGCCGGGCGGCACUGGCUGCCAAGGUGGCACUGCAGAGCCUACAGCUGUGA